AUGUCUUUGUCCCGGCCAUAUAUACCUCUCCGGAGGUCUCUAGGCCCUCUCUCGUCGCGAACAUGCCGAACUCCUCGCUCUUUCCACGGGUCAUUCCGCAAAUACUCAUCGGAGCAGAAGCCUAGGGAACCCAAGCCCUUCACCGUGUGGAGGCCCUACCUGCGUCUUGCCAUCGGCGUACCGUUCAUUGGAGCUCUGAUAUAUUCCAUGAUGACGGGUGAUGUAACCGAACUCGACUCUCCUUCGAUAGUGGAGCUUGACGAGGCUCUCAAGAAGCAGUCGACAAUCAGCGAAACCUCCCCGAUGCGGUUGCGCAUGGAAAAAUUGAUCAAGGAACACCAGCAGAAGAUAGUGGAGGAGCUCAGCAAGAUCGAUGGCAAGGAGUUCAAGGCUGAUACUUGGACUCGCCCUAAUGGUGGAGGUGGCAUUUCAUGUGUCCUUCAGGACGGCAAUGUUUUUGAGAAAGCCGGUGUCAAUGUGUCCAUCGUCUAUGGAGAAUUACCUCGACCCGCCAUUGAAAAGAUGCGCGCUGACCACAAGUCCUUCGUCGGCGCUGACGUGGAUUCCCUGAGCUUUUUCGCUGCCGGCCUUUCCCUCGUUCUCCACCCUCAUAACCCCAUGGCCCCCACUGUGCAUCUGAACUAUCGUUACUUUGAGACCUCGGAUCCCAAGGACCCCAUCAACGGCGACAAAAAUUGGUGGUUUGGCGGCGGCACCGACCUGACUCCAACCUACCUUUUCCCUGAAGAUGCCAAACAUUUCCAUCAGACUAUCAAGGACGCCUGCGAUAGACACGACGCGACUUAUUAUCCGAAGUUCAAGGCGUGGUGUGACAAGUACUUCUACUUGCCCCAUCGGAGGGAGGCGCGUGGUGUCGGAGGUAUUUUCUUUGACGAUCUUGACGCCAACUUCCUAGAAUCCUCAUCUAGCUCCUCCCAAAACCCCCAGGAGACACUCUUCUCCUUCGUUUCAGACGGACUUGCUUCUUUCCUGCCCUCCUAUAUCCCCAUCAUUGAGCGUCGAAAGGACAUGCCGUUUACCCCUGCCCAGAAGGAGUGGCAGCAACUCCGACGGGGUCGCUACGUGGAGUUCAACCUGGUCUAUGACCGCGGCACAAGCUUCGGUCUGCGUACGCCGAAUGCCCGUGUUGAGAGCAUUCUCAUGAGUCUUCCGCGCACGGCCAGCUGGGCUUACAUGGACCCCGUAUCAGGAACUCGAACUGAGACAUCUGGUGUGGAAGAGGAACAGCUGGGUGAAGAAAAGGACCGAGAGAAGGAGAUCAUGGAUGUUUUGAGACACCCCAGACAGUGGGUAUGA